AUGGAAGAGUUCAUUGUUCAUGAAAAUCAGUCGGAAUUAAUACUCGAAACAUCAAAUAUUUCAGCUGAUUCAAAUUUUAUUCGGCAAGAACCAUUUUUGUAUAAGCUUCAUGAAAACGACAGAGAUUACAAAUAUGUCUCGGAAUUAUUUUUAACAUCCUGGAAACAUUUAGAUAAACUUGUUCCCACAAUUGUUUCACUAUGGAAAAUAUUUUGUCCAAAAGAUUUAAUUUCUCGACACAAUCUUUAUCGAAAAGAUGAUGGUGAGCUAUGCUUUGAAAUGUCUUGCUCGCUUUGUUGUAUUUUGAAAGAAGGGUACAAACUCGAACAUGCAAAGUUUGGAUUAUUUGGCAAAGGGAUAUAUUUUUCUUCCAUUUCAUCAAAAUGUGACAACUUUAGUAUCAAUUUUUUAAAAAAAUGUGAUGGUAUAAAUUAUAAAAUGAUGUUAUUGAAUAGUGUGGCUUUAGGAAGGAUUUAUAAACCUAUUAAGAAUGAUUUUACAUUUACAAGUCCUCCACCUGGGUAUGAUAGCGUAUGUGGAGAUCCUAAUACUGUCAAAAAUUUAAAGGAUUUAAAAUUUGAUGAAAUUAUUGUGUAUAAAGAAGAAGCUUCAAUUCCACAUUUCCUUAUAGUUUACCAAUCAUAA